AUGUUUCCUAGAAUUUUUCCUGUCAAUCGCUUUAUUUUCCGUGAAGAUACAAGCUCUUCAGAUACUCUGGUCAAAGACAUCACUGGCUCCCCUCCCGUCGUUGUGGUCGGUCUUCCUUCUCCUCGCUGCGGUCGGUCUUCCUUCUCCUCGCCGCCGUCGCCACUGCUUCUUCCACCCUGCCGGCGUCAGACCUUCUUUCUCCUUGCGAACAUCCUUUUCUUCCUUCCCGUCGCUGGCAUCCUGAACUUGUUUGAAGCUAAUAAACCAGGAAGCCUUAUCAACAACUACGUGACUCAGUUAAGUUGUAUGUUGUCAAGCAAAGCAACAAAUCUUGUGAGCCUCCAAGCCCGCCUCAGCAGGUUCCAUCAUCACCUCAAGGAGAUUCUCAGCCAUAAGAGGAAUCGAACGAGAGUGGACUGUGAUGUACGUACUGCUCCUAUAGUUGUAUACACUUCCAGGAAAGGCUCAUCUGCAGCUGGGCUUACUGCUUCUGUCAUUUGUGAUAACAACACUCUGCAAAACCCUCCAUCAGGUCGUUAUGAUGAUCUCAAAACUGCACAAGAUAACAUUGACUUACAGACUACAAUUCUUUCAAGAUUUGACCUCAUCUUCAUUGUCGAAGAUAUAAACAUGUUCAGCCAAGACAAGAUUCUUCUUGUUGUUGGAGCUGAAGCUACUGCUCAAAACACUCAACAUGGAGUUAUUCCUUAUGCUGGAGUUGAUGUGAACAUAAGGAAUGUGCAAAAAACCAUUCCUUUGCAUGUGGCAGUGGCAAGAGGAUCAAAAUCAUGUGUUGGAAUGCUUCUUUCUGCAGGUGGUCUGGUAGAAAAAGGCCUUCCCUUUCCUUUGCUGAGUAUUUCCUCAGUAGUUUCCUGCUUAGCAUCGCCCUCUCCAAAUCCAUUGCCCUUGUGA